GUGUAACAAAAUUCAGCUGGUCGGUAUGUGAAUAAGUGAACGGGGAGAAAAGUAUGUAAGAAGCAGCUGGACAACUGACAGUACCUGAGGCACGAUGGCGGGAGUCAGCCAACAGAAUUAUGCUUCUCAGCUGCUAGUGAGCCAAGGGUUAGAUCUAACCCAAGGAGCUGACUUCUUGAAUCCCAACAUGCAGCAAAAGCUUGAAGGAGUAAAAAGUUGGAUUCGGCGUGAAAUACAAAAGGAACUUAAAAUCAAAGAAGGUACAGAGAACUUGCGCAAGGUGACGACAGAUAAAAAAAAUCUGGCAUGUAUAGAAAACAUUCUGAAGAUCUCAAAUCAAAAACUGGAAUCCCUGCAUUGGGAGCUUCAGGAACUGAAUGCACGAAUCGUCAUGGAGAGGGACAAUCUGAGAGAUGGUGAAUUAUCUCCAGACUCCUGCUGCUGGGAGCAGUGUCUAACUCCAUUGGGCAGUCGAAUUGCAGCUCUAAAGAGACAGCUAAAUAUUGAAAUGAAGGUGAAACAGGGAGCUGAAAACAUGAUCCAAAUGUACUCAAAUGGACUAUCAAAGGAUCGUAAGAUGUUAACAGCAGCACAGCAGAUGUUGCAGGACAGUAAAAUAAAGAUUGAUAUAAUCAGAAUGCAGAUCGUCAAAGUAACUCGCACUAUUGGAACACCCAUUGAUGCCAAUGAAACUCUAGGACACAUCAGUUCUCUAGAGCUAAGAGUUGAAGAACUGAGACAUCACCUUCGAGUUGAGUCUGCAAUAGCAGAAGGUGCAAAAAAUGCAGUGAAGUUGCUAGAUGGAAAGAAGGACCAGGAGAAGAGAGUUCUGGUUGAGGCACAAUCACAGUUGUGGGAGUCAGCCCAAAAAAUAAAUCUACUUCGUAUAUCACUGGAGUGUCGCCUAAGAGAACUCCCUAAUGAUCAUUACCUCCAGGCAGUUAUCAAAGAAGAGUUGAAAAUUGUGAAUUCGCCAUCAAUGGAACUAACUCGUUUUGGUGCUUCAUACCACACUUCAGCCUUCAUUAAAUCAGCAGCAUUAACAGGAACAUUAGAAGUGAAAUUAAUAGGAUGCCAGCAUCUUCUUGAAAAUGUUCCAGGUUGUUUGUGGUUGAGAAAUGCUUCAGCUAGUCCAGAAAUACCUCUGUCAUCUGUCAAGACAUGGGCUGGACGUCCUACAACAAGUCGAUCUUUAAAAUCAGAAGAGCGAAGUACUGAAGUGAGUGUCGUUCUGAAAUUGGACAAUCAAAUUGUGGGACAAGCAAACUGGCGUUCAGUGAAGAAUCAAGCCUGGGACCAGUCCUUCAGCAUUGAACUGAACAGGAAUCGUGAGUUGGAAAUUGCUGUUUACUGGCGGGAUUGUCGAGAACUAUGUGCGGUAAAGUUCCUACGACUUGAAGAAUUUCUAGACAAUCAGUGCCACACAAUGACUGUAUCCUUGGAGCCACAGGGGGUACUUUCCGCAGAGGUGACCUUCUGUAAUCCUGCUAUCAAUCGAGGACCAAAGUUACGACGUCAGAAUCGAAUUUUCCCCAAGCAGAAAGGGAAACACUUUCUGAGAGCAUCACAGAUGAAUAUCAAUAUUGCCACGUGGGGGCGCCUAAUGAUGAAUAUGCUGCCUCCAUGUAGCUCCAUGACAACAAGUCCACCAUUGCCUACAGCCAAUCCCAGUUUCACAGUGCACAAUUCCAGCACCACGUCACCACAAUUGAGGGACUUCACACCUGUCAACCUAAACUUCAGCCCUGAGUCUCCUCCCAAGCCAUCUCAGCCAUUUAUAAAUAGUUCUUCAGAUGAAAAGAUUCUUGCACUGAUUAAUAGUCAGGAUGAAGUUAAAAAUGAUACAAAUAUGGUAACUCAACAGAUUAACCAAUUUCUAGAUGAGUCAAAUCAAGCUUGUAUUGCACCAAGACAGCAGACCUUGCAUUUUGAAGAUUUCUGCUGUUUGGCCUUGAUUGGACAGGGUCAUUUUGGAAAGGUGCUUCUUGCAGAAUAUAAGUUUACAAAGAGACUGUUUGCUAUUAAAGCCUUGAAGAAAUGUAAUAUAGUGCUUCGAGAUGAAGUGGACAGUCUGAUGUGUGAGAAAAGGAUCCUUGAGACAGCAAGCUCUGCUCGGCAUCCUUUUCUAGUGAACCUCUUUGCCUGCUUUCAAACACCAAGUCAUGUUUGCUUUGUGAUGGAGUACGCACCUGGAGGAGACCUCAUGAAACACAUUCAUUCCAAUGUCUUCUCAGAACCCCGGGCUCGAUUUUAUGCAGCCUGUGUUAUUCUUGGCUUGCAGUUUCUACACGAGAAAAGUAUAGUUUACAGGGAUCUGAAGCUGGACAAUUUAUUGAUGGAUGCUGAUGGUUAUGUUAAAAUUGGUGACUUUGGUCUCUGUAAAGAAGGAAUGGGUUUUGGUGAUCACACAAAUACAUUUUGUGGAACUCCUGAGUUUCUGGCCCCAGAGGUGCUGACUGAUACCUCCUACACACGAGCAGUUGACUGGUGGGGACUAGGAGUCCUAAUUUAUGAAAUGCUGGUGGGAGAGUCCCCUUUUCCAGGAGACGAUGAUGACGAGGUAUUUGAUAGCAUUGUUAAUACUGAGGUACGCUAUCCACGAUUUCUAUCGACUGAGGUGAUCUCAAUCAUAAGGAAGCUACUGAGAAAGAAUCCAGAAUACCGUUUAGGCACUGGUGAAGAGGAUGCAGAAGAAGUGAAAAAGGAAAUGUAUUUUAGGGAAGUUGACUGGGAGGCCUUAUUUGCUCGAAAAGUAAAGCCGCCAUUUGUACCAAAACUAAGCGGCCGAAAUGAUGUCCGGAACUUUGAAGAAGAAUUUACAACCCAGACUCCGGUCUUGUCUCCAUUUUCAGACUCUGGAAAACUAACUUUACAGGAGCAAGCAAUGUUUGAAGGGUUUGAUUGCAUGACUGACCUGUAUCAAGAUGACUGAUUUUGUAGGCUUCAUAUUCUGAUGUGAUACCUCAUAAGAAAGCACAGUGCUAUUUGUUGGACAAACUGAGAAACUGCUAAGAAGUUUGAAACCUCUGGUAGUUUCUAGGCCAAUUUGAAUAUGAAUAUUUAGUUUCCAAGAACCCGAUCAUCUGUUUCUUUUUGUGAAUGUAAUUUCCUGUUCAGAAACCUGCACAUCCUGGAAAAUGUCUGCAUUCUGUUAGAAUAGUGAUGAACUACACCAUUACAAAGGGAAUUAACAGGUCAAUUUAUUAUCAAGAUGAAUUGUCCACAAUUUUGCUUAUUUAUCUGAGCAAUAGGUAGUUAGCUGCAUAAUUCUCACUUCCUACUUCUCAGCUGCUCUUUCUCAUCACCACACCCCUAACGCGUACUACCUCAUACGACCUUGUCCUCCAUGCUUUUCUCUUAUCACGAUACUGUAGAUCUCUGAUUCUUUCAAUUUUUCCUCGCCAUGUAAAUGCAGGCAAAUUUGAAUGUCAAUAGGGAGCAUUUAAAACUUCUAACAAUGAAAUGUUAUUGUGGAUAGAUGGUAAUCAUGAGCAGCACUUUAAUUUGCUCCACUUCACACCCUAAGAUAUUGUGUUCUCUUGUUUUAUUUCACUCGAUGACAACUCUGGAUAUAUUUAAGUAGCCUUUUUAAUAUAGUUUUUUUCUGCUUGUACUUUUUUGUUGAGCAGAGAGGAGUAUUAGGAAACCUGCAUCCUAAAACUACAAAGAUAAGUUAUUAUAAAAAAUGUGACCAUUGCACUCUGACUUGCCUUUAUUUCUGUUUGCAGUGAAUGUUUUUGGCCUGUCACUGCAUUUUUGGAAUUAGGUCCAGGUUAUGAUACUUCAGAAUAUGUUCACAUGCAUGUUGUACUUAGUGGGAAGGCAAGGCUUUUUAAACAAUUGCACUUUAAAUGUGGAUUGAAACGUUUUUCUCUGUUGCUAUUUGAUUAAAUUAAAAGUGAGUGUAGAGGGUAAGUGUCUAAUGACUCAGGUGAACACAUGACAGGGAUGACAAUCUUGCACUUCCAGCUUAUAUUAACGUUUCCAAAUCUUCAGAGGUUAGUAACAUACCAGGAACUCAAAAUUGAAAUCUGAGCAGAUUCAUUCUCGUCUGCUUUUAAAUAUUCUCAUUGACAAAGACCAAGGAACAGCUGCAUUCCUGACCUCUUAGUUGUGUAGUUAGAGGAAUGGAGCUAUUAAAAGCGUAUCAUUAUGAAAUCCAGGAUAACUGCUUUAUUUUGAAGACCUCUAUCUAAGUUGAUUUUUAAAAAUUGAUAAACACUAUAGAGAUUAACUUUAUUGAUAUAGAGCAGACACUGUUCCUAUUUAUUGAUAUAAUUUAUGGUUUGUAUUUUGAUAAAUUCAGAAGAGGGUUAAAAAGAUGAUCUGAGUGAUGGCAUUCAAGUGAUUCUUUAAUCUAUUCCAAUUCCUCUUGUAAUUGGUGGGCAGGGAAGGUCUGGCUGACCCAUUGAGCCUGCCCAGAUGGCAAAAGUGUUAGAAAUUACUCAGUGUUUCUUUUUAAAGUACUCACACUACUUGACAGCCUCCAGCUUUAGGAUGACUCUGUAUUUGCAACCAUUUUAGAUACUGGGCAUUCCUAAUCUCACUCUUGUCUGAUCUCAUGACAAAGCUAGAUGUAUCAAUGGCUUCUACUUGUAUAUACUCUUCCAUUGUCAAGAAUGAAUCUGGGCUCUCUUUGUCUCAUUAUCUAAGAUCAUCAGCAAGAGAUAGUAAUCAUCAGAAUUUAC